AAGAAUGACUACCAACCUGAGUUGUUUCAUAGUACAGUGCCUAGUCUUCUCUGUGCACUAGAGGUGUGGAAUAUCAAACAAAUGAUUAAAUUAACACAAGAACAUAUAGAGGCACUGCUAGACAAAUUUGGAGGAGAGCAUAACCCACCAUCGAUAUAUUUAGAGGCCUAUGAAGAGUACACCAGCAAACUAGAUGCUCUACAGCAGAGAGAACAGCAGUUACUGGAAUCCAUGGGGAAUGGAACGGAUUUCUCUGUCUCCAGUUCAGCUUCAACAGACACAGUUGCAUCAUCUUCGUCCUCUAGCCUCUCUGUAGCACCUUCAUCCCUUUCGGUUUAUCAAAACCCUGCUGAUAUGUCACGGAAUAACCCUAAGUCUCCACAGAAGCCUAUUGUUAGAGUCUUCCUGCCCAACAAGCAAAGGACUGUGGUUCCAGCAAGAUGUGGAGUGACAGUCCGAGACAGCCUAAAGAAGGCUCUGAUGAUGAGAGGUCUUAUUCCAGAAUGCUGUGCUGUUUACAGAAUACAAGAUGGAGAGAAGAAGCCAAUUGGCUGGGACACUGACAUUUCCUGGCUCACAGGAGAGGAGUUGCAUGUGGAGGUCUUGGAGAAUGUGCCACUCACGACACACAAUUUUGUACGAAAAACAUUCUUCACGUUAGCAUUCUGCGACUUUUGUCGAAAGCUGCUUUUCCAGGGAUUCCGGUGCCAGACAUGUGGCUACAAAUUUCACCAGCGUUGUAGUACAGAAGUGCCACUGAUGUGUGUUAAUUAUGACCAACUUGAUUUGCUGUUUGUCUCCAAGUUCUUUGAACAUCACCCCAUAUCACAGGAGGAGGCCUCCUUAGGAGACACCGCCCCAGCAUCUGGAUCGUACCCCUCAGUGCCCCCCUCAGAUUCUGUUGGACCACCAAUUCUCCCUAGUCCUUCUCCUUCAAAAUCCAUUCCAAUCCCACAGCCCCUCCGACCAGCAGAUGAAGACCAUCGGAAUCAAUUUGGGCAACGCGACCGAUCCUCUUCAGCUCCCAAUGUUCACAUCAAUACAAUCGAGCCAGUCAAUAUUGAUGACUUGAUUAGAGACCAGGGUUUACGAGGAGAGGGAGGUUCAACUGCAGGUUUGUCUGCAACACCUCCCGCCUCUUUGCCUGGGUCACUCACCAAUGUGAAAGCGUUACAGAAAUCACCAGGACCCCAACGGGAACGGAAAUCAUCCUCAUCCUCAGAAGACAGAAAUAGAAUGAAAACCCUUGGUCGACGGGAUUCAAGUGAUGAUUGGGAGAUACCAGAUGGACAGAUCACAGUUGGACAAAGGAUAGGAUCUGGAUCAUUUGGAACAGUCUACAAAGGGAAGUGGCAUGGUGAUGUGGCAGUGAAAAUGUUGAAUGUUACGGCACCUACACCUCAACAGUUACAGGCUUUCAAAAAUGAAGUAGGAGUGCUCAGGAAAACACGCCAUGUGAAUAUCCUGCUUUUCAUGGGUUAUUCAACAAAACCCCAGUUGGCUAUUGUUACACAAUGGUGUGAGGGGUCCAGCUUAUAUCACCAUCUACACAUCAUUGAGACCAAAUUUGAAAUGAUCAAACUAAUUGAUAUUGCACGACAGACUGCACAAGGCAUGGAUUAUUUGCAUGCCAAGUCAAUCAUCCACAGAGACCUCAAGAGUAAUAAUAUUUUUCUUCAUGAAGACCUCACAGUAAAAAUAGGUGAUUUUGGUCUAGCUACAGUGAAAUCACGGUGGAGCGGGUCCCAUCAGUUUGAACAGUUGUCUGGAUCUAUUCUAUGGAUGGCACCAGAAGUUAUUAGGAUGCAAGAUAAAAACCCAUAUAGCUUUCAGUCGGAUGUGUAUGCAUUUGGGAUUGUUCUUUAUGAAUUGAUGACUGGACAGUUACCAUACUCAAACAUCAACAACAGGGACCAGAUAAUUUUUAUGGUGGGCCGAGGAUACCUAUCUCCAGACCUCAGCAAAGUACGGAGCAACUGUCCAAAAGCUAUGAAGAGACUAAUGGCAGAAUGCUUAAAAAAGAAGAGAGAUGAGAGACCCCUUUUUCCACAGAUUCUUGCCUCCAUUGAGCUUCUGGCCCGGUCAUUGCCAAAAAUUCACCGCAGUGCAUCUGAGCCCUCAUUAAACCGGGCUGGCUUCCAGACAGAGGAUUUUAGUCUAUAUGCUUGUGCUUCUCCAAAAACGCCCAUCCAAGCAGGGGGAUACGGAGAAUUUGCAGCGUUCAAGUAGCCACAGCACCAUGGCAGCACCCACUCUGUUAUUUAAGUCUUGUGUUCCUACAGUUUCUUAACAUCAAAACUCUAUUCUGCUCCGCAAAACCUAAAGUAAUUUAGAAAAGAUAUCCAUAAGCUUAGAAGUGGAGCAGAAUGGAACUGCCAGUCCAACACAAUGGGAAAAAGUACCUUUUUGGGAACCAGAAUCCUCUGCUGCCAGUGUUUCUCCUUCAACACAAACCACCACAUGCAUUCGGAGACCCGCAGUGGCUGCCUGUGCCGUUGGCAUCAUUCCCAGGAGAGAGGAGAGUGCGCUCGUGGUUUGACUGUGGUGCUCGGGCAUGAGGGGAUGGAACUGCUGCUGCAACUUAGGAGACUUGCUUUGGAUGGUCUGCCGGUCGGCUUUCUCCCUCUAACAACGUACCAUCAGAGGCUGAAAAUCUGAUGAGUGCUAAUUUAAAAGAAUCAUCCUCCAUUCCGAUCUUUUUUUUCCCAGUGUACUCACUGAUUUGUGGACAAUGCAGUAUCCCCUUUUCACUGUAUUACAAUGUCAAACACCUAAAUCUGUCUAUAUUAUUGGGUUUUAUUCCAGUAAAAUUAAAAGUGUGGGGUGAUGGGAGCUGGAGAAGAUGUUACUCAAAAGGCGAAGAGGUUAAUCUGAAGGAAAAGGGGAUGCUGCUGCACCUUUUUUCAGAUUUACUUUAUCACUUCUUCAAAAAACAAACAACAACCACCAACCUUAACCUUUUUCCUUUUCCAGUAUUUUCUUGGUGUGUGCAUAUACAACAUCUUUUAGAAGGAUUAGGUAGAUCCUUCUUUUGUUGGUCCAGCAACAAACUGAAGUUUAAAAAAAAAAAAUGUAGCGAGAUUGUCCUCUCUGUUUAUUUUUUUUCUUUUGUAUCAUAUGAUACAAUGUGUUUAUCAAAGAUGCUACUGCAGCAUCUGAAGUCUGUAGAAUUCCUGAUACAGACUGUGAAUGGUGUAUGUACCUACUUUAAAAGUUUUAUUUUAAAUGAGGGUGCAGGUUAAUGCCAGGUACCUUACCAAUAUGUAAUGUUUUCAUAAAUGGGAAAAAAAGUUCUCAGGUUGAAUUGAAUAGAAAUACAAAAUCCCCUAGAAUUAGACAUUCCGAAAAUUAUGUUUUGGUACUUUCGAGAGCUUUUUUUAAAGGAUUUUUAUCCUGUUAACUAAAUGUCCUCUGAUAAGUGUGUGUGUAAAUGUGGAGCAUCUUGUCCUAAUGGCAAGUUGUUAGAUCAAAACAAAACGGUACUUGCUGGAUCCACGCUGACUACUUCUCCUCUCAUUGCUUUCUUCCCUGUCAUCUCUUCCCUCCCGUUUGUCUUUCCCUUUUGUACACUUUGCAAACUAGGAUGAAGGUGGCGGUAUCUCCAUUAGAGUGCUUUGUUUUCCUGUCCUCCAAUCCUGGUUUUCAAAUGGUUGGUAGCUUUUUGACAAGUUACCCAGUCAGGGAAAAAACAACUGGUAAAGUUCUGCACAUCGUUUACCUCUAGUAGAAUAUCUUGUGAUGUGAUCUGUUUGCAGAGUUCUCUGGUGUGUGGUUUUACAUGUAAAUUAUUUGUACAGAGGCAAGUCAGACCACAUUAGAAAGAAAUUCAAGCUCAAACAGAAGUUUUCAGAAUUUGAUUCCUCUCUGCCCUGUACCACUCCAGGUGAGGCAGGAGAACCGACCCCCCUCUAGCGGGGAGGUUCUUGCUGGGAGGAGGUGGGGGUUGUUAAACAAAGUCAUGACAAAUAAAUGAAGGAGUUAAAUGUGUGUGAAUGUGGUGUCUGUGCUAAACAUGGGUGCAUUGGGUGAGGACGCUGUCCUUCCCUCCCUAGGAGAGUUGGACUGUUUCUGUCUACAGAAGGUUGCUCCCAGGUGAAGGGAGAAACGCACAUCGGUAGUGGAACGUGCUUUUAAAACCCUGGAGUUCUGCGGUGUUGCUGGUAGUCUGUUAUGUUUGUCAGUAAAUAUUUACUGGGGUUAUAGGGACUGGACUAAUCUGAAGUGGGAAUUAUAACUGAAAUACUGUGUAUUCAUAUUAAUUCCACAAACAUUAGCAAGACAGCAAUAGUGAAUGACUUAAUAGUCACUACAAGAAUGAAGUGAUUCAUGUUGGUACAUGAAUAGAAUUGAUUUUGUGUACAGGAUGCAUUUUAAAAAAAAAAAAAAAAGCACAAAUUUUUUCUUGUCUGCUGUGGGUCUUCAGAUGCUGUAAGAUUUUUUUCCUUAUUGAGAUUGGCAGGAAUUUAAAUAGUAGCAAUAGCCACUUUCCAGUGUGGAGAAGGUAACGAGGGAGUGGUGGUGUGCAGACGGGUGAAAUUGGCGUGCUCCCUGGUGAUCAACUGAGGCCAGUACCUAAGAGAUGGAAGGAGCCUGGGACCACUGGGGUCAGCAGGCAGGUGAGAGCAUUUACAGACUCCCAGAGGGUGAAGUGGUCAUUGCUCAUUCUCAUUCCACCCUGUGCAUUGCUCCAGCCCCUGUGUGGGCUGUAGCCUAAUUUGUACAUGUUGGGCAUACUGGAAAUUAAUGUUCUCUCAAAAGAAACUGUUAUUGGAGCAAGUAUGUACAGGUGGUUCAACAGUCAUUUGUUUCACAGAGCUUGUUAAAAGCCCUAGUUUCCUUCCACAAGGUCAUGCUGGCAGAAGAUCGUCUGCUAAAAUACAACUGUUAGGAAUUUCAUUCCAUCUUUGCUUAAAAUGAACUUACUUUUGUGAAGAUUCAUUACCCAUUAGUCUACAAUAUGCUUCUUGAGCCCAUAAGAAAAGCACAAGGAAAACUGCUAUCCUUGUCCAUGCAAAGCACUUUAUAAGUAACACAUGAUCUCUGGGGGUUUUUUUAUUGGGGUUUUGUUUGUAGUUUUGUUUUUCUGGUUUUUGGUUUUGUUUUUUUUCCCUGAGGAAUGUGCAAGUUGUUUGGCUGCUGUUUAGAGAAGUCCUUUCAGGAUGCAUUUCUACUGGUUUUCAUGUUUGUUUGUUUCCUUCCAGAUAGCUGUAGUAAUGUGUGUUUGUCUGUGAGGUCCCACAUAAUACUCACGCAAAACUUUGGAAGAAACUUGGUUUGUAAAUAAUUGGGAUUAUUUUUUUUUAAUCUUUUCCUUCAGGAGUUUUUCUGGAUGUCUUGCAUGCCAUCAGAACCAGUCUUAAAGGUGCCCUGUAGAUGUUUAGUGAAUGGGGAGAUAGGAGUAGACAAGAACUGAGUGUCCUGUGUAGCAGUGCAAUGAAGAAAGUAAAGUGAAAUGACCAAUACAUUCUUGUCCAUUACACCAAAUUUCUUAAGCUUCUCUGUGGUGUCCCAGCCACAAGCUCAUGGCAUAGUAUGGAGAUGUUAGUACAUAUUUUGUGUACGCGUGUUGGGACAAACAUCUAGACACUCAUACUACUUUUAGCUCUGCAGUAUCUAGUAUCUAAUAAUUAUUUGCAAACCUACCAGUAUCCAAUCCCAGAUAUUCAUGUCUUUUAUUAACCACACAUACACCUUCCCCUCUGCCUUUCCUUUUCCAUACAGUUAGAAGAGGCCUGUUAUCUGUUACAUCUUCCCUGUCAGUACGUGGUUGUUUCCUGUGGUGUAUUUGCUGGAACUGGAACAUUGUAGUGGAGCUUAAACCAAAUGGUAUAAGCAGAGGCCUGGUUAUUUUGAAAGUAAUUUCUGCGUGAAUUAAGUCCUACAUAGGCCAGAUACAAUUAGUCCAGUCAUUUCUUUUUUGCCAAACUCAUGUAGGUCAUUAAAUUAAUCUAAUUCUGCUUUUUAUGCUUACCUAAAAUCAUCUUUUCUUGUAUUUGAAUGCUCUUGCAGCUGGUGAUGAUGAUGCAGAAUGUUUGAGGCAGAAUUUGGCCUUCAUGACAUAAAAUGAGUGAAAUGCUGACUGUUGAUAAAUACCAUGUCUUUCCACAAAUGCCAAAAUCAGAGGAAAAAUUACACUGAAGAUGAUGCAUAAAUAGGUUUGCUUCUGUGUUUGCCUGGUGAUGUAAAUGCAUCCAGCAUUUUCCAGAACAUUUGGGGAAGCCAGAUCCCCAGAAACCUCACAAACAAGUACAAGUUGAAGUUUUGAUAGCUGGAGGGGCUAAAUUUAAGGGAGAAGCAUGUAGACAUUUCACACUUCUGUAGCCUAUAGAUUUCAUUCCCUUCUUGACUGUGAGUGCAGCAUGUGUAGCACAAACUAUUCAUUGUACUGUAGAUGUCUCUUCUGUCUGUUGAAAAAAGUAUCACCAGUAGCACAAUGUGACAGGCAAAGCUUCUAGGUACAGCCAAGUUCAGUUAAAAAGCAGUUGCAUGAGUGGGCUGUUACAGCAUCACUUUGAAGGUGCUGGGUGUUCUGGUUUUCUGUUAACGCAUUUUACAUAGAAGUUUAUGAAACAAACUUUCUGUUUACUGCAGCCUUGUUAAUAUGCAUUUGCACUUCGUAUUUGUUUUGGCAUGCAUUUUAAAUAUCUUUCUUCAUUGCUUCAUUGCUUCUUACCUAGUAAAUAAAAUUAUCAGAAGAGCAGAGCAAAGUUGUUAAAACUUUCUCUUUGCAUUUAAGUUUCAAGGAUGCUAACACAGAAGCUACCAAGUCAGCACCAUAACAGCAGUAAAUAACUAUGAAACUGUGGAAGGAGGAAACUUUAAACACUGCAGAAUAUAGAAUAUACAAAGAAGAAAUUCAGAUGAAAACUAGCGUAUCUCUCUUCUUUAGAAGAGAGAGCUACCAAGACCCUCUGUUAAAUGGUUUACAUAGGGAUCCCCCAAAACAGUCUUUGCAGUUUGCCAAAUGAUCAUGUGCCUUCGCAACCUUAAAAAGUACAACAGAAUGUAAACCAGGUGCUUUGUAACUAGAGCAGUGGCUUUGGUUUACUUCUGAUGCAGUAGUUUUGUAUAUAGCUAUUACUAUAGGUAGGUAGUUUGGGGCUGGUAAAUGUCUGUAAAAGAGCAAGGAGGGCAGAGAGCAUUCCCCAAAAUACCUAUGAUCAUUUCAAAGCUGGGAAUUGAAGGAUACCUAAUUCAGUUACAGUAAACCUGCUGCUUGAAAUCUGCUCUAUUGAAAGUUAAAUGAGGUUCAUUUAAUUUAAAAAUAAAUAAGCCCUCCUCCCCCUCCAAAGACACAAAGAUCUUAUUAAAAGAAAGCUCGUAGAAAGCUCCAGAGAGGCCCAAAGUUACACUGUCAUAGCAUCUCGGAAUGAGAUGGUGGAUGAAAAAUGAGAGUUAGAUGAGGAGAAAUUGAUGGCUAGUACUCAUGUAAUCAAAGUCCACAUAUAUCAGACCAUACAAUUAAUUCCCUGGCCCAGAAAGUGCAAUUAAUUUUGUUUUCUGGAAUAUCAACAGGUUUCCUUAGUUCUUCCUUGGGUCUCUUGCAGUUACUCUUCAGUGGUUGCAUAUUUUUAUUGCACGUUAACUGUGGGAGACAGUAGGUGUCUUGUCAGCUGAGGGACAACCAGUGUCUUUGAAUUUGAUCUAUUCAAAUUUCAAACCGGUUACAUAGACUUCUGGCAGUACCUACAUACCAGUGUCAUAUUUAACCUACUUGUCCAUAAAGGACAAAAUAAUGGGUUUUGGUAUUAGUGCUUUUUCAGGUCUUUUCCUUUCCUUCUUUGGGGCAAGACUUUGGGCAUAAUUGUAAAUUACAAAGUUAUGUCUAAAUGCACAGUUCAUAUGAAAUAUCAGACCAAUUUUAAUUUGGUUUUGUUCCUUUUAGAAAGCAAAGUGUAAAAACUAAUGUUCCAGGAACUAUCUGGAAUCCUACCACCUACCCCAAAUUCUGCACUAAAAGUACUAAAAAUGAGAAGAUGGUAUUUUGUCCUUUUU